AUGGAACGCAAAACUUUGUUUUCACACCUGGCGCGGCCGGCGGUUGGUCUGUUUUUUCUUCUUUUCGUAUCAUGUCUGUGCUUGUCGUUGAUGGCCAUGGAAGAGAUUUCUACGACAAUCAAGCCAACGUGCACGGUCCUGCAUAAUCGCACUGAAUGCGUUUGUGGUGACAGGGAAGCUGAUGAGGAAGCACCGGAAUCCACCAACAGCGCAUCCCUCACAGGGUCUAAAAAUACAAUUAGCAUCGAGUGUCCUGAAACAUAUGAUUUUGUGCCCACCGAAAACACGAAGGUAUGCUCUGUGAAUGAAGGUAACAAUGUACCGGACCUGGGAACCUGCAAUCAAGGCAACGUCAAAAUUGAAGCGUUCUUAAAUCCAGUCCCAGCAAGUCCGCCACAGUGGAGCGCAAGCGACGCCAAUACAACGCCGCAUUCUUUAUCCCUUCCACCAUCUAAUUUUCCAUUGACUGACAAGAAAUUCUUCGUAGGUUGCCUAGAAAAAAAACCCCAUUUGAACAGCCAUGUGCGAAAAGCCCCGGCUAAGAAAUCAUGCGUGGUGACUGUGCAAGUGGAGGCCAAGAAAUCGUCGCUGCACGAGAACGUCCUCACUUGCGGCUACGGCGCAAACAGCAACACCGAAAAAACACCGGUGGCGACACUGACUUCCGACAACAACGCACUGACUAUCGUUUGCGGCUCAGAAGGCCAACUGCAUCCGAGUGGGACAUCGACGACUGCCUUCCUCUGCGACAUCUCCACAGAGGAGUGUUCGACAGCCGUAGAACUGACUCACGUAUUUCCUAACGUCAAAGAAGCCUGGAUUACAGUGGAAGGGGAAACAGGCACCAACAAGCUUGUGAUCCCCGAGGAUGGCUUCCCUGAGGAGGACAAAAUGAUUAUGUUGGGAUGCAGCCUCAAGACGGUCUCAGGUAAUGACAAUAAGAAGAAGGAGAACACAACUGUACAGGAGGAGCCUACGUGUAAAGUGAAGGUGGUUAUCCCUGCUGGAGGGAGGUCUUCUGCGACGGCGUCAGGCCCGAGCUCUCCGAUGUUUGCGUUCGCUGUGGGAUUUCUAUCUCUUGUGGUUUCUGGCGCAUACUUGACUUCGCACUAG